ACCUGUUUUACAGGCCAGAUAGGGAAAAUGAUGCCCCUACAUAUUCACUGAAUUAUCUUUAUCAAUUCGGCGUUGAAAGUUGCGCAGACAAUCAUUUAAUUCACGUGUUUGACUGAUUAUUCGCGAUCCACUCCCCUUGACUUGAUUGGUGGAGCCUGGCGGGUUAAAGUUGAAGCGGAACUGAAUUAUCAAACCAAACUUUUCUGGUUUCUACGAAUGUGAUAAGGAUAUAGCUGCUGUUGUUAUGUUAUUCAAGUCACUCGUAGGGAGUGCCUGCACUCUGCUUGGAGCGGCAACCGCCUUCAAAUUCGCACCUGUAGAAGUCAAGGCUCAGACAGCCGCCCUCCUUCACAGCGCAGUGAGGAAAUCAUCUCUGGUGGAACAAGCAAACAUGAAGAUCGAACUUGUCCCAGCUCUCAGUGACAACUACAUGUACCUCCUGAUCGAUGUGGACUCCAAAGAAGCAGCUAUUGUUGACCCUGCGGAGCCAGUCAAGGUUCUGGAAGCCGUCAGAAAGCAUGGUGUAAGACUCACAACAGUUCUGACCACUCAUCACCACUGGGAUCAUGCUGGUGGAAAUGAGAAGAUGUUAAGGCUAAUGCCGGGACUGAAAGUCUAUGGAGGAGACGACAGAGUUGAUUGUAUUACAAAGAAAGUUUCACAUUCCAGCACCUUCAAACUCGGAUCACUGAAUGUCAAAUGUCUCUUUACUCCGUGCCACACGACUGGUCACAUCUGCUACUUUGUGACAAAAGAAAACAGCACUGAGCCGCCAGCUGUUUUCACAGGGGACACGCUGUUUGUUGCCGGUUGUGGUAAAUUCUUCGAGGGAACCGCAGAACAGAUGUACAAAGCACUGAUCGAAAUUCUGGGACGCCUUCCCCCUGAAACACGUGUUUACUGCGGUCAUGAGUACACCGUCAGCAAUCUGAAGUUUGCGCGUCAUGUGGAACCGGACAAUGAAGUCAUUCAGAAGAAGCUCGCAUGGGCAAAGGAGAAAUGCAGCAAAGGGGAACCGACCAUCCCGUCCACGUUGGCAGAUGAAUUCACAUAUAACCCCUUUAUGAGAGUAAAAGAGAAGUCCGUGCAAGACCAUGUAAAGGAGUCCGACCCGAUUGAAACCAUGAGGAGUCUCCGGAAAGCAAAAGAUGGCUUCCGGGUGCCCAAGGAGUGAAGUCCAGUGCACUCAUGUCAACUGCUUAGAAGACUGCAAGCUAUCAAUAGCAUACUACAGAAGUAAUCAGCAAAUCAUCUUUGAAGUCGCUUGAAAUGCCAGUUAAUCUACUACAUUCAUAUUCAUUCACAUUCAGUCCAGUCACACAUUGAGAUUCAGCUCUAAUUUGGCCAUACACGUAUCCGUCAUUAUUUUAGUUGUAUAGGGUUUGUUUGGAUGACGUUUGCCUGAUAUUUUUAAGGAAUAUAUGGCCAUUAUUUCAAUGCGUUAAAUGAAAAAAUGAGUUUGUUAAUCUGUACAUGGAGUUUUAGAGUCUAUUUAGUUUUAAAGUUGUAAUAUAUUCAUGUACAAACUACUAUUUCACAAAGGGUCCGAAUUCUAACAAUACAGGGAACUGUUUGAAUAAGAAAUGUUGGAAAAUGCGUAAAGAUUCUGUGAAUUGAUAAAGUAAUUUCUGUAAAGAUUCGUAUCAAUGGAAUGUUUCUUCGUGACUUUUUUUUCAUAUUUGCUCGUUUGCUUUUUUCUCAUGUAAAAUUCAGCACAAUUGAUUUUUACUGCGUCCUUUAUUUAAACGCACUAUGUGAGCAAAGCAUUGUGUACUUAUUUAUGUGUCCGCACUAGAUAUUAGAUAUCCUGAAUGCUCUUUUGCAUGUAAAGCACAAGUUUACAAAGAAUGUUGCAUGUUGUUCUUUGGAAGAAGAAAUAAAACUUGCAUCUUAACGUCAGUA